UAAAUACAUGGCAGACGCAGCCUCACACAGUCACUAACACAUUACAGCCAGAAAGAAACACAAGGCUAAAGCAGGAGUUCACAGUCAUGAAGGUGUUUGUUAUCUUAGCUGUUGCAGUGCUCUCUGGCUGCAAUGCCAACCUCUUUUAUGCCGAUGCACCCAAGCCACAGCUGGAAGUCCUAACUGAUGCUUUCUGGGACUACAUCGCCAAGGCAACACAGACGGCUGAUGAUACCCUGCAGAUGAUCAGGAAAUCACCAAUUGGACAGAAAAUCAAUACCCGCCUGACAGAAAGCACUGACUUGGCUAGCAAGUAUGCAGUCACCCUGCAGGAGCAGAUCUCCCCUGCAGCUCAGGAUCUCAUGAACAAGAUCACCACAGAGGCUGAUAUGUUGAAAAGUACACUUACCCAAGAGCUGAGCUCUGUCAGGGACAAACUGGAACCCUACACUGAAAACAUGAAGGCCCAGAUCCAGCAGAGAGUGGAGCAGCUGAAACAGGAGCUGGCCCCCUAUGCUGACUCUCUGGAUUCUGAGGCCUUGAGGUCUACUUUAAUGCAGAAGAGCGAGGAGCUGAAGAUCAGCCUGGAGAAGAGUGUGAAGGACCUGCAGGCCCAGCUGGGACCAUACACUGAUGACCUGAAGCAGAAGGUGGACCAGCAUUUAGAGAAUUUCCAGAGAAGUGUGACCCCCUUGACCGAGAAGGUCCAAGUUGAGCUGAGUCAAAGAGCCAGUUUGGUGAAACAAAUGGUGGCUCCCUACGCUGAGGAUCUGAGAGAAAAGCUUGACCCCUACGCCCAAGACCUCCAGGCCCAGCUCAUGUCUCUAUAUCAGUCAUUUAUUGAUGCCAACUAAGUCAACCUCCACUUCUUUAGACAUAAUUUAACACUAACCUGGCCUUAUCGGUCUAUCUGUGUGAUUCAUGAAAGCUCACGAAGCUUAAAAGUCUUGGACUGUAUUGAAUCAAGCUGUGUGAAUAUGAACGACUCAAUAUUUAUUGCUAAAUACAAAAAUACAAAACAAAACCAUGCACUUGUCAGUCAUGUAUAUAAAUAUUGUUUUUACUCUGUUGUGAAA